AUGAGCAUGUUAAAUAACGAAGAUAGAUCAAUGGAUUCACCAAAAAGGACAGAAAGUACCGAUAUAUAAUCAGACAGUUAAAAAGUUAAGAAGGAAUUAAAUACUUUUUUUUUAGGUGUUCAAUAAACUUCUAAAGUAAUCAAUUAUUAGUAUAUUUAAGGUUACAAGAAAGUAUAUAGAUACUAGAACACAUGGAAUACAAUUAUAUUAUCAAGAAUUCACUCCUUAAUUUGUUGAUGCUUAAGUCAUUAUUGUACAUGGAUUUGGAGAGCAUUCUGGUAAUUACAAACAAGUAAUACUAAUAAUUGAUCAAUUUUUAGUUGACAGAUUGUUUUUUACUCAAUAAUUUUAAAGUUCAUCUUUAUGAUUAAAGAGGUUUUGGAUUUUCAGGUGGAAUAAGAAGUAAAGCAACUAUAUAAGAGAUGCAUAUGGAUUUAGAAACUGUAUUAGAUUAAAUUGACAAAUCAGUCCCUUUGUUCAUAUUUUGUCAUGCAUUAGGGGCAGCAAUUGUAAUCAGUUUUUGCUUAAUGAAUCCAUAAUUUGAAAUAUAAGGACUUAUAUGCAGUAGUGCUCAAUUUAGAGUGCCUCCAAGAUAUGGUAAAAUGAAAAUGUUUACAUUACAAAUGAUGGCUAAAAUAUGUCCAGAUUUAUAGGUUAAUACGUAUCAUAAUUUAUCCUUUGCAUCUAAAAAUAAUCAUCAUAUAAGAAAAUUAGCAACAGAUCGUUUAAUACAUCCAUAUAUGAGUGUUCAAUUUGCAUUGAAUGUGUUGUUAUUUUAAUAAUACAUUUUACCUAAUGCAAAUUAAUUUAAAAUUCCAAUCUUGAUAUUACAUGGUAAACAAGACAAAGUUGCUUCACAUUUAGAUUCAGUAGAUUUCUAUAUGUAAAUUCAAUCUAAAGAAAAAACAAUUAAAAUAUUUGAAUAAGGUUUUCAUGAAAUGCAUAAUGAUUCUGAAUGGCCAAAAAUGAAGACACUUAUUACAUAAUGGUGUUAAAAUAUGAUAAAAAAAGAUGUUAAAAUGAAUUACUUAAAAGAAUAUAAUCAUGGAGUUGUUGUCUAACAAUAUAGAUCUAAAAUAAGACUAUUAAUAUCUAUUCUCUUAAUAAUAAUUAGAAAGUAUAAUAUUAAAUUUAUAUUAUUAGAAAAAUUACUUGUUUAAAUGUCAGUACUAAAGUAAGUAUAUUAAUAUUUAUGGAAUUAUUACUAAGAAUGUUCACAUCUCAGUGA